CAGAACCUGCAUUGUUGUAUGAGGGCGCGUUGCUCAUGUAGAGGCAAACAGGUGAAUGCACGAGAGUCUUCUGGUCUGGCUGCUGCUGUCUGAUGAUGGCAAGCGUCGGAGAAGCUCAUAGCAAUUGAAGCAAGCGCAGCCUUCUUUUGGGCUUAUGUGCACUGAUGGCUUCACAGCUUGCAAGCAGCGUGGGCAGGCGACCACAUUGUCGUUCACUUUCUCACCGCCAAUGCAGAAAGUAUCAGGAGGGCCCCCAGCAGGUAAUGUCCAUUCCACAGUGGACAGCAUUUGCGCAAAGUGCACUGCAUCGCUCCGGCCACAAAAAGCAUAUUGAAAGCGUCUCUUUCUACUCGCACUCACGAAGGGAAACAUGUUCGGCCAGAACACCAUUAUUGGUUGGGCGGAGAGUUCCGCACGCAGGAAAGCACAGCGCCUCUGGUUGGAAGGAGACAUGUAUCAAGGCCGGGAGCCUGAUCGAGAAUCUCGAUGCGGAGGUCGCUUCACUUCAGGAGAGUGAGAGCAGCUCUGAAGAGACGUUGACGGAGGUGCGGAGGAGAGUUGGUGAAGCGGAGAGCUCCGGCAAGCUGGAUUUGAGUGGUUUGCGGUUGACGGAGCUGCCAUCUGAUGUGUUUGAUCUGACGGGGUUGACCGAGUUGAGCCUUGCCGGGAACUGUCUGGCCGAGCUCGACCCUGACAUUGGGCGCCUCACCAAUCUCGCAAAGCUGGGCCUUGCCGGGAACAAUCUCCGAGGGCUGCCAGCAGAGAUUGGUGCACUGAAGUACCUCAAGGGGUUGUGGGUGCAUGGGAAUCUGCUCGAGAGCCUUCCCCCACAGAUUGGCAAGCUCAAAUACUUGGGCAUUCUCGCCCUUGGAGGCAACCGUCUCACGACUCUCCCCGAGGAGAUUGGCUGCCUAACCAGCCUUCAAAGCCUUUCCGUUCCCGGCAACCGUCUCACGUCCCUUGACGCCCUGGCAUGCGGGCGGCCCCUCCCUGAGCUCAAAGCCCUCGGGCUCUUUGGAAACUGUUUGCGCGAGGUGCCAGAGGGAGUGCUUGGGAGACUGCCCGGCUUGACGGAGCUAUGGCUACAGGGAAACGCGUUGACCCAGCUUUCGGGGAGCCCUUCCGACUGGGCCGCGCUGAAAGCCCUCAAACAGCUUAGCGUCGCAGACAACGACCUGACCUCACUCCCAGACGCCCUCGCUUCCCUCCCCAGCUUAAAAGACCUGUGGGUCUACGGAAACCGCCUGCAAACCCUCCCACUAACCCUGGUCGAGAUGCCGAAGCUCGCGCACCUGUGGCUCGAAGGGAACCCCCUGGAAAGCGACGCGUUGGGAGAGGCCCUGUUGCGGCUACCACUGACGGGGAAAUGGGCGCGGAAGGUAGUGGUGGGAAUCGACACGCAGCAGGCACGGGGCCUGAAGGCGGAGAUUUGGGAGUCGGCUGCGGUAAGCGAGUGCGUAAAAGUGAGUACGCUUGCGGGAAACGGCGGGGAUAUUGGAAAGCGGGAGGGUUACUUUAAGCUAGAUCAUGGUGUGCCGUUCGCGCUCGGGGGGGUGGGGUCGAACUCCGAGACAGACCCUGAAAAGGUGGGUGAAGGAGCAACGGAGAGGGACGGACAGGGAAAUGGGCAGGAGAACGGAACGGGGCCGUCUAAAUCAGGGGGCCAGGUGGGGGAGGAGAGAGGGGACGCGCUCAUUUUUAGUUACAUGAGCAUGAUGUCCGGCGCCCAGUCUCGUGUAGCGUCGGAACAAACGGGAGCGUCCGUACAACCGUCCGAAAGCGGGGCCCCGUUUAGUGGAGCCUCGGGCAAAAUUGUGUUGGAAGGAAGAGACGGACAAGAGAAAGUAGGAAGCUCUUCAGAUCCUGAGAGGGAUCCCUCUACGUCAACCGGGAGUUCGGCUUCCUCUGGGGAUGGGAGUGAGGCGGGAGCGGCGUUGCCGAGGGGAAAUUUGGGCGACCAGAACCCUCGAGGAGGCCUGGUAGUGGUCGCCUUCGGAAGUGCUCCGGGCGUCCCCAACUGGGCCGGCGUGUUGAAGCGCGUCAAGGCAGCCCUCAAACCAGAUGCCACGAAAAAAAAAAGCUCGUCGAAAGCUGUGGGCCCAAGUUUAGAGUCGACGACUUUCGACGUAUUGUACGUGGUCGAUGCACGCCGGUCCUGGUACACCCAAGUCGGGAGCCCUGGGGGGGCCACCAAUUUGGCGGCGUCCGAAACGGGGGCCAAGUUCAACGGGUGCAACUGCCCCCCCGAAGAGGAGAGCGAGGGGGAAGGCGCCAACGCUUCUGGCGCUGACGAUUUGCAGUUGGAAGGGGACUUCCGGAUCGGGACGAGCGGACACGUGUCGGAACGGGACGGGCGGUCGGAAAAGGUGCGCAGCAAAGUGGCCAGCCGAAGCACGCUGCUAGACGCACGCGAUUUGGGGAUUGCGCGCGUUUCCAGUAGAGAUCCUUUGGCUGCGGACGGAACGGAAGGGCAACCAAGCGGAGCGUCUCGGGAGAGCGGUCGGGAGCAGGUAUUUUCCGCCGGUCCUACUCCGCAGAGCUCGGGUGAACACAACGGAUCGGCCGGAAACGGGGCUGAGCUGGGCGGAUCUGGUUUAACCAACGGAAGCGAACGGAAGCGAACCGGACAGCGGCUCAGCGGGUACUACCGAGCCGAAUUGGAGGCGGCUGUAAGCGGAUACGAGCGCGUGCUGCUUUUGGGGGACAGCAUGGGGGCGUCGGCGAGCCUGCUGUUCAGCUCGCUCGCGACACGUGUCCUCUCCUUCUGCCCGCAGGUCGACCUCUCGACGGCGUCCAUCCGGUGCGCGGAGGACGCCGCGUGGUUCCGCUCGUUCCGGGCCGAGGUGCUGGAUGACGUCAGCCGGAGCUCGGCCGUCAUCACCGUGCACUGCGGCUGCUGGCUGCACGACCUGGAGCAGGCCGCGCUGCUCCCGGCUGGGAAGGUCACUGUGGUGGAGCAUCCCGUGGAGGACCACCGGUUAGCGAAGGAGCUGGACUACCAAAGGAAGCUGGUGCCCAUCUUGCGGACGGCUAUCGAGGAGGAACUGAUGCUGCUGACGUUGGAGCAAGGCCGACUAGGAGCACGUGGCGCUUGAUGACGUUGCUUUGGAAAGGAGUAUUGAAAAGCUUGUCUUUCAGGGUGAUGCGUGUUGGGAUGGCGGCUGGGACUGAUCAUCGAAGGCAGAUUCACAGGCAGAUUCAUCGAGCUCAAGAAAGUUGCAUGGAUUGGUUGACACUGUGAUCUCAUAGGGGCUACUUUUCCGGAAGGAAGUGAUCCUAUAUCGAUGUUCGCAUGUAAGUACGUCGCCUCUUUG